UCAAUUAAUAUAAGCUAUAUAAGGAACGCCGUGAAUAGAGGGAGGAAGAACAAGGAAGGAACCAAACAAAGCAACAACAUAGCAGAAAGCCAUGGCAGCCUGCAGCUGUCCUACGCCUUUCUUGUUCUUCCCUGCUCUCCUUCUUCUCCUUCUCUACUUUUCUCCGCUUAAUCAGCAGAACCUCACCACCCUUUUCAGUUCAUCCAUUAACCCUUUUAAUCACAGCAAGAUCAACCCUCAUGUGCAGCAAGUAUCUCCAGCGCCGGUGCCAGCUCUGGCCAUGAAUCUGAUGCAAGAAUCCUCUACUGGGUCUCCCGUGCCAUCCUUCGAAUUUAGUCCUACUACUGUGACUGACACUCGCAUUAAAAAGAAGGGUAGCUUGGACAAGAUUGAAGAAGGCCUCGCAAGAGCUCGGGCGGCAAUUCUCCAGGCAGUCCGUUCACAUAACUGCACAACUCUCACAGAAGAUGAAUUCAUCCCCAGAGGAUCCAUAUACAGAAACCCAUUUGCGUUUCACCAGAGCCACAUUGAGAUGGAGAAGAGAUUCAAGGUGUGGGUGUACAAGGAAGGAGAGCCUCCACUUGUCCACGAUGGGCCUUUAAACAACAUCUACUCCACUGAGGGGCAAUUUAUUGAUGAAAUGGACAAUGGCCAUAGCCCAUUUCUGGCCCGCCACCCUGACGAGGCCCACGCAUUCUUCCUCCCGCUCAGUGUGGUUAACGUCGUCCGGUUCAUCUACAAGCCCGUCACCUCCUACGCCAGGGACCGGCUGCAACACGUGGUCGAAGACUACAUCGGAGUUAUAUCCAGCAAGUACCCAUACUGGAACAUAAGCCAAGGGGCUGACCAUUUCAUGGUCUCCUGUCACGAUUGGGCACCAGACGUCUCCGACGCCAACCCUGAGCUCUUCAAACACUUCAUCAGAGUUCUCUGCAACGCCAACAUCACAGAAGGAUUCCGGCCGGGCAUCGACGCCUCCUUGCCGGAGAUAAACACACCUUUCGGAACCCUUGGCCAACCCAACUUCGGCCAGGCCCCCCACAAGCGGACGCUGCUCGCCUUCUUCGCCGGAGGGGCACAUGGCUACAUAAGGAGGGUGCUGCUGCAGCAAUGGAAGGACAAGGAUAAAGAUGUCCAGGUCCAUGAGUAUCUCCCAAAGGGCAUGAACUAUACCAGACUAAUGGGCCAGAGCAAGUUUUGCUUGUGCCCCAGCGGGUACGAGGUGGCAAGUCCCAGAAUUGUCGAGGCCAUCUAUGCAGGAUGCGUCCCAGCCAUAAUUUCCGACAACUACUGGCUGCCGUUCAGCGACGUACUGGACUGGAGUCAGUUUUCGGUGCAGAUUCCGGUGGAGAAGAUACCGGAGAUAAAGACGAUAUUGCAGGGGAUUUCUCAAGACAAGUAUCUGAAAAUGCAGAAGAAGGUCAGGAGAGUUCAAAGGCAUUUCGUGCUUAAUCGGCCAGCCCAGCGGUUCGACGUUAUCCACAUGAUUCUUCACUCGGUGUGGCUCAGAAGGCUAAACCUCAGGCUGCCAUUGAUGGUUUCUUGAUUACCAGGUGUACGAAAACCUCUAUAGAUGAGAAUAUAAUUUGUAUAAAAACACUAUUUACGUGUCUAACGAAGCGCGAAAGAGAGAGAGAGAGAGAAUUCUCUGUAAUCGGGUUGAUUCAAAUUAAAAGUAAUGUAAUGCAAUGAUUAAUGACUAGAAGCCAGCAUUAGGUGUGUCAAUUGGAUCGGAUUUUGUCCAAUCCGGUCCGCUUAAAUAUGAAUCCA